UAAACACGGCUGAUUUAAAACAGUUUACAAUCUAAUUUUUAAUCUUAAUGUAAACACAAUAUAAGUACAAAUAUAGACUUUAUGAAUACAGUCAUAUAGUUUAUUCUACAAACUAAAGAUAUAUACAUACAUUAAUAUGUAUAAACAUUUCUGGGAUGUAGUAUUUGCAUAUAUUCGACGAUAUCUGUAAUCUAUGCCCGCCAAAAACCAUAUCAGCUCUUAUCCCUGUCUACAAAAUAAUUUAAACCAUUUGAUAUCAAUAAAAAUUGUUUUUAAUUCCUCCUCAAUAGACUUUUAAAACAUUUAUUUCUUCAGUGAUUAUAAUAACUAUUUUACAGUAAUGAAUCUAUCCUAAUUUGUUAAUUUUAUAAACAUGUUAUAGUAUUUGUAAUUAAAUUACAUAUCAUAAACGAAUCAAAAAAUGCCAAAAGAAUGGAAGAAUAGUACUGUGGUGCUGAUAUUUAAAUGCAAAGGAGACAUACAGGAAUAUGGAAAUUAUAGAAACAUAAAGCUUAUGACUCUUAGUAUGAAAAUUUGGGAAAAGGUGUGGUCUAUAUAUUCAUUUGUUAUUCAAGUUUUUAUACAAAGAUCUUCAUUAUUAAAAAAUAUGACUGAAAAAAAUAUUAAUAGUGAACCUCUAGAAGUAAUUUGGAAAAGGGAUAAUAGCAAAUGUAGACUAACUGGUAGUUUAUCAGAUUAUAAAAUUAUCAAUCUAGAAAAUAUCGGAUUGGUAAAAAGAAAAGAAUCAAAAUCUAAGGUUUUAAAUAGGUGCAGUAAAAAUGUAAAAUUCGAAUCAAUGAAUAAUCAUUUUAAGGCAAAAAGGAAAUUAUUGUUCACAGAAACAAAAAAAGAAAUACUAUUUAGACAAAGUUUUCAAAAAUUAAAAAUUAAUAAAAAUAUGAAAACCUUUAAAAGUGAGAAUAAUCUAACUCCUGAUAAACGUGAAAAAUCACCUAGAAUACAGUCUAAUCUUAAUCAACUAAAUAAUAACUCUAAAAUUAUAUCCUCAACUUUUAAAACCGUGGAUUUAUGGCCAUUAUUAAGUCCUAAAUCACCACUUAUUAUGUCAAAUCGUUCAAAGUUUACAUUUGAAAAUGUGAUGAGAACAAAUGAAAUUGAGCCCAUAAAUACUCAAAAAGAAAAUUUGAAAUUGAAGACAAUUACAAAAAUAUAUAAUAAAAAGAAAUUAAGAAAUAUUUAUUCAACUCCAAUAAUUCAUAAAUCUUUAAUGUAUAAAAAUGCAAUAAAUAAUGCAAUUAUUAAAGGAUGCAGCAUUAAAUUUACUAACGAUAUUUUACCUACGCAUGAAAAUAAUUCUAACAAAAUUUUAAAUAAUUCAAAUAUUUGUACGAGGAAAAUGAAUGAAAAUGUUACCGAAAUAAUUGAAUAUUCGCCUCCUAAUUUUUCUCAGAAAUAUAUUCCAAUUAUUGAAGUAUGUAAUUCUCCUAAAUCUGAUAAAAGUAAUCAAGUUUUUAGCAAUGGAUUUUCUCAAAAAUAUUUUUCUAUAAAUUCAUUAGAUGUUACCAUUCCAAGUACAUCAUUGUCAUUUGAAUCUGAGGAUAAAGCUAAAUUAUUUUAUAAAAUUGAUUUGUUGGAAUCUCCGCCAACUUAUUUUGAGAACAAUAAUUUUUCUACACCAAAAUUUAACUACAACUUUAAAAAUAAUAAAAGUCCAUCACCUACUCAAUUUGAUUCGGCAAAAAAAAAAAAAAAGUUAUGUAAAACAGGAUAUAAAGGAAAAUUUUGUGAACUAUUAAAUCAUAAAAAAUCUGAAAUGUGCAUUGAAAAUUUUGAAAAGCAAACGAAUAUGUUUUGUCGACCAUUAAGUAACACUAUUUUAUAUAAAGUAAUUGAUGUAUUAAUGGAAUUUAGAAAGAUUGUAUUACUUUGCACUGAGUAUAAAUUUGAAAAAAUCGGUAUACAGAUUAUUGUUGUGUUGGAUAAAUUGUCAAAAAAAAUUUCUAAAUAUGACAUAAUUUAUUUGUACGCCCCAUGGAUGCAAGUUGAUUCAAUAAAUCUAGAUUUUACAAUAAUUUUUGGUGUCAAAAAUGUUGAAAUUGUCGAUUAUAAUGAAAAAAGACAAUUUACCGAUAGUGCAGGUUUUGAUACAAUAAAUAAAAUAGAGUCUUUUACAUUAAAAAGAAAUGCGUUAUGGAAAUGCAGGUGUUUGAGAAAUGAUAAUUGCAGUUGUCAAGAAGAAUUUAUAAUUAGUAAAUAUCUACAAACAUUAUUUUUAAAAUAAUUGUUAUGAAAUUUAUAAAUUUAUAAAUAUAUUUUACUUUGUUAAAAAUUAAAUAAUUAUUUGAAUUUGUCAAUAAUUUAAAAAAAAUUUUGGAAGCUGUUUCCGAAUAAAAUUUACUACUCUUGAAUUUUUUGUAACAUUGAUUGCCAACGUCUUAUUAAUAAAAACUGUUUAAUUUUA